AUGGCAUUGUUAUUGAACCAAUUCGUGAUCAAGGGGAGCAAAUUUUGUGGAAAAGUAAAAAUUAACAUGAAAAUAGACGAAGUCAAAGUGGUGUCUGCUUCUGUUCUGUUUAAUGGAAGGUUGUCCUGGUCAGGCCGCUGGUCGACUUCUAGAAGGACAAUGAUGACCAUGGUUAGUCGGCCUUGGGAGGUCGCUUCUGCUCGGUUUACCCCAUGCAUGGCAGGCAUGUGCUGGUGCCCAGCCUUAACGGAUCGGGUCAUACAUCAACAAGUUCGGUUGCAAAGCAGGAAGAGCAAGUCCUCGCAGGAACUGGUUGAGGCCAAGGAACCAACAUUUGGACAGUUGUCAACUGUGCAGAAGGUUCAACAAACCACCAAAGAUGUAACAUAUACUGCUGUGAUCGUUGUUGGUGUUGGAAUAACUGCCAUUAUGUUUUACGUGAUAGGAAGAGAGCUGUUCUCGACUCAAAGCCCUAGUGGAGUCUUUGGCGAGGCACUUAAACUAUGCAAGAAGAACGACCAGAUUCGAGACACCCUUGGUGAGCCAAUUAAAGGUUACGGUGAGACAACAAGGCGUGGUAGGCGGAGACAUGUAAGUCACCUAGAAUGGCUGAGUGACGAUGGUGUGAAACACAUGAGGAUGAAGUUCUAUGUUGAAGGUCCGAGUGCAAAAGGAACUGCUCACCUCGAAGUAAAACAAAAUGACAGAGGAAAGUACGAGUAUCGUUAUCUUUUCGUUACGCUGGAUUCAUAUCCAAACAGGACUAUCAUCAUCCAGGAUAAUAGAUAAUAAUGUUGUGUUCAAAAAGUUAGAGAAUGUGGACUUUUGUUAAAAUGUGGGUUAAAGGGGGACUUCAGUCUAAUGUUACUGGGUCAAAUUGAUCCGUUGACAAAUUUGCACUUUUCACUAUUUGCCUCAAGUCUUCCAAUAGAAUCACUAGUUGAUAUGUGUGAUGUUCUUCAGGGUUAACAUAACUCAUUUAAACACAUUUUCCAACUGAAUGCUCAGCAGUGAUUAUUUUUAUUAGGAGAUUCAUUAGAACAUCUCUAUUAACCCUUUCGCUGCGGAUGUACGCAUUUUUGCGACCAAAAAAAAUUUCCGAUCUGUGCGGAUGUACGCAGAACUGCGACUUGGGAGAGACCUGAAUCAGACGAUGUUUUCAAUAGCAAAUUAGUACAGGAACUUGUCGCUAGGUGUCCUGCCAUGUUGUUUACCGCUAGAACUUCCGAUUUCUAGGUGAAAACUUCGGUGUUUUUAUUCAAAGUUUAGGCGAUAUUUUGAGUCCAAAGUUUUGUAAACAAAUUUAAAUGCCUCAGUCACGUGUUCGACGAACUGCAGAAUCAAUAAUUGAUGAAAUAGUGAAUUCGAGGCGUUAGAAGACGAGUCUGAUUAGUGAUUAUGAUUCUGAACAUAAUGCCGAUGUACACAGCGUGCAUGGUGAUUGAAAGUGUGCAUGAUUCAGGGUCCGAGGGGGAUGAUAGUGAUAGCCUGGGUCAGGAUGAAAAACUGUGUUUUUCUCCUCGUUGAUGAAUACUAAUUAGCAUUAUUUAGUUAAUUAACAUAAUUUCAGGUGAUUGACAAAUGCAUAAUUUGAAAGUCCAUGCUGUCCCCAACAACCUUUUCCAAUAGUCCAAAGCUCUAUCUCUUCUCCUUCAGGCUGUAUAUUGGCCUCAAAGUUACCUAUGUUAAAAUUGGCUUUUACAGUAUUUUGGGGGCAGCAAGGAAUCAAUAUUGAAAUAAUUUUGAGCGGCGCAGCGAAAGGGUUAAGGACACCCUCGAGACUGUCAAGUGCUGUCCUUAAAAGAGAGGUUUCUUUUUUAAGAGAGGUCAAAAUGAAUGCAAAGUACCAAUUUGGGACCGGAACUAGUGUCCUUAAUAGAGAGGUUGUCCUUAAUAGAGAGGUUGACCUUAAUAGAGAGGUUGUCCUUAAUAGAGAGGUGUCCGCUAAGGGAGGUUCUACUGUACUAAGUGUUGUUGAAAAUAAAGUUUUGCUUUCACGA